GGAAGAGAUGGCCCGCUGAGAUUGGAGAAACACCUGAUAUAGAAGAAAAUGGAAGGAAAAGGAGAGGUAUAGUAUAUAGUAGUAGUAAUAGUAGGGAGGUAGAUGGUAAUGAUUAAGAAGAAGAAGAAGAAGAAUGAGAAUGAUAAUAAUGAUAUGAUAUACUAUACUCUUGAACUCAGGCAGCCACGUGCGGAGGUAACUCUAACCAUGGUUAAUAGGUUGACCUCCUCCAGUAACCCAGGGCAGGGCACAGUCACAUGUUGAGCGUGAGGUGUGAACAAUAACGAAAACCCCCCGACAGAGAAAAAGGGAAAACCCAGCAUCGACGCUUCCAUUUGCAACACCUACAAAAAGAAAACUAUACUAUACUCUCUCACUUGUGCAACGCGGAUACUGUGGUCUGCCAUAUACAGGGAAAAACACACACACACACACACCUAAUGCCUGAUGCCAUGCCCAUGCCAGUGUCGCCUCUUAAAUGCGUUUCACUUUAUUUUUGACGAUUCUCCUUUACGCGUCGCAGUUUUCUGACGCUCUCUGCCACCUUGGUCGCUUCAAACCCUAGAACGACACGGUUACCGGAGAGAAACAGAAAUGCAUGCCAUUGCCAUGCCAUGGAGCCAUGAAAUGAACGAAUGUCGUUUUAGUUUGAUCCAUCGCCGUCUUGCGUUGCGUUUCUCCUUUUAGGUCUCGCACACACACGUAGCCCUGUGACACUCACUUUCCCUUUCUUCUCUCGUCUUUUCCCGAAUCGACGCCUGAUUCCUGCUUCGUUGACUCCUUCCAUCAUCAUCUGAUCGUCUAUAUAUCAUCACGACGCUUCCUUUUCUUAUGCAGAUCUACCACAACAUCUCUUCUUCCAUGAUUCCUUAGUCUCGCCUUCCACCUACCAAACGACUCGUCGUUGCUGCUGCUGCUGCUUCUUCGUUCAUGGAACGGAAUUCGGUUCGCCGAAUCGCCGUGCUCCUAACCGCCUCCUCCUUCUUCGCCCUCGGGCUCCUUGCCGUUUUCACAGGUUUCGGUGGUGGAGCCGUGCUGUCUGUGUCGCUAGAAGGAACCAACACGCUCCCUGGUUUGCAUCGCAAGCUUCUUGAUCAUGGUUCUGCAAGGGUGGAACCGAACCGAAUAUGGGGUGAUAAAUGCAGCAAGUCUGAUAUUGUGAUCAGCCAAGGCCCCACGGCCCCACUCCCGAGUGGUAUUCCCACGUACACAGUUGAGAUCAUGAAUAUGUGUGUGAGUGGAUGCGACAUCUCUGGCAUUCACCUCAGAUGCGGCUGGUUCAGUUCUGCACGCCUCAUCAACCCCAAGGUCUUCAAGCGCCUCCGUUACAACGAUUGCCUCGUCAAUGAUGGCAAGCCCUUGAUCAAUGGUGCCACCAUUUCCUUUCAGUAUGCCAACACAUUCCUAUAUCCUCUCUCCGUUUCCUCUGUCGCCUGUGUCUGAUCAAUAUUAUUCACCACUACUCUUUUCGGUUGUUGAUUGUUGGGGAGAUUAAUUCUUUUUGACUUGUACAUACACAUAUUAUAGGUAGUGUAGUAGUAUUAGUAUAUGCCGACAACAUCACUUGUGCACGUGAUGUCUUUCAAAUGUGAACACGGCAAUAUGCUUUGCUUGCUUACUUACCAUUUUUUGAUACAUAGGAAGAAAUAGGAAGUAGGUGAGGACUGAUGUUAAAAGCUCCACACCCAAUUUGCCUUGCCUUUUUUCUCUCUUCAUAUUUGUGGUUUUGGUGUCAUUUUUCCGUCUGAUUAACUGUAGAGAAACAUCAGGUCCUACCACUGCUAUUCAAGCAGAGCUGCUUCCACUUUAAACAUUAGUUUUAGGGUAAUAAAGGUGAGGGAAGAAUAAGGACUGGUCCCCUUUUCAAUCUGUGCCAUCGUUGAGAAAUCAGAAAUUAAAUCAUAGCAGAGCAAGGGCGGGAUUUUUGAUAUGAAAUACUAUGAAGCAGGUAUAAUGUGUGAUUGUGACCUCACCCAAGGAUGCCCGUGAUUUGUCAUAAUGUCAACCACCGAAAUGUAGUUCCGUUUCUUAUCUGGAAACAUUCAUUUCAUCAUCAUGACGCCAAACAGGUAGUACUGUAUUUCUUUUGGUGUAGUAUUCUUGCGCCUUUUUUGUUAUAAAAUAUAAAUAUGAAUUUGUAUUUUUUAGGAAAAAAAAUUAAGAGUAAGAGCAUCAAAGAAAAAAUAAGAGUAAAAGCAUCAAAGCAUCAAAAUAAGCGGUGGCAUUAGAAGUAGGAAUUCGAUACUUCGUCUUUUCUUCCUUCCUGGUGGGGUGGUGUCAGUGGCGUGAUUUUGCCAUCCAAAAGUAAAUAGAAGUCAUUGUCUUAUUAAUUAAUUGAUAUGAUAAUUCUGUCGCGGCAUUAAUUAUUAUAAAGAAUCCAAGUGGGAUGCUUUUUAUU